CCUUUCCAAAUCAGUGGGCACUUAGGAGUGUCAUGUGAACAGAACUCCAAUCCUGAGUCCUUCAUGAUGCUUUUCUUAUUCCUCAUUGGCUGAGAGGAUCGGCAACAAAAAGCAGAUGUGCUUGUAAAGUUUAUACUAAAUUCUCACUGCCCCCCCUUUUUUCUUUCAACACAGAAGAAGCAAAAGGAAACCCGAUUCUAAGAACUCUGCAGGUUGGAGCAGAUUGAUUAUCUGUUGCUUUUUGCUGACAUUCAGGAACUUAUUCUAAUGGGUAAAGAGUCACUCUUUGAAAGUGGAGAUAUUUUCAAAGAACACAGCGGGUGUGACCGAGAUUGCUAAAGGAGAUCACAAGCUAACUGGGUUGCAAGAGUCAGUGACUUGCUUGAGUAUACAAAUUUGCCACCCUGGAUCACACUGGAACACCCAGUAUUCUUCUGCACCAUGAAGCUGUACUCUGGGACUUGUCCCACACCCGUCUUUGCAAUCACAAUGCUGUUUCUGAUCAAACAGGCUGAAGGAUCUUAUGAGAAAAUAAGAGUGAAUUUGCUUAACUAUAAAGAAGCAUGCUUGAAAAUGUUGCACGAGUCUGCAAUCAGCCCAGGAAUAUACUGCAAUGGGAGUUUUGAUGAAUUUGUUUGCUGGCCUCAUUCACCUCCAGGAAUAGUCUCGGUUCCCUGCCCACAUUAUUUACCAUGGAUAGAAAAUGGAAGUGCAAGAAACGUAUACAGAAUCUGCUUGGACCAAGGGAUUUGGAAAAAAGUUGAAAACUCCACUGUGGUCUGGGAUAACCGCACUGAAUGUUCUGGGGACAGCCACUACCAGAGAAAAGAUGAAGAACAAACAUUGUGGAUCUCCACCCUGUACAUUUAUACUGUGGGAUAUACUUUUUCUCUUGUUUCCCUUGUCUUAGCGCUUUUCAUACUGAUGCUGCUCAGGAAACUGCACUGCACAAGGAACUACAUCCAUAUGAAUCUGUUCGUUGCGUUCAUCUUACGAGCCGCAGGAGUUCUCAUCAAAGACAGAACAACCCACAGCACUUAUGUAUUUCUUUAUGUGGACUCUGAAAAGCCAAGUGAUCUAAAUGGAUGGAUAUCAUUCUCAAGUCCAGAGAAGUUGUUCCUGUGCAGGAUGGCUCAGCUUUUGAUGCAUUAUGUUGUUGGGGCAAAUUCCUUCUGGAUUUUAGUGGAAGGGAUUUACCUCCAUAGAUUAUUGGUAGCCACUGUGCUCUCUGAGAAACAUCUGCUGUUGAGAUACGUCUUCAUUGGAUGGGGUUUUCCAGUUCUGUUUGUGGCUUCCUGGGGAAUAACAAAAUACCAACUGGAGUAUGAGGGAUGCUGGGCAACACAUCACAACAUGGCAUUCUGGUGGAUCAUUCGAGGGCCCAUUUUAUUUUCCAUUGUUGUUAACUUCUGCAUCUUUCUAAAAAUUGUGAAGCUGCUACUUUCCAAACUUAAAGCCCAGCAAAUGAGCUUUCGUGAUUAUAAAUUCAGACUGGCAAGAUCAACCCUUGUGUUAAUACCAUUGCUUGGGAUUCACGAGAUUGUCUUUAACUUCAUUGUGGAUGAAAGAAUUGAUGGUUUUUCCAGGCACAUAAAAGUCUUCAUUCAGCUGACCCUGGGCUCCUUCCAAGGUUUCUUUGUAGCACUUUUAUACUGUUUUUCUAAUGGAGAGGUAAAAGCUGAACUGCGCAAGAAGUGGUCCCAUUUCUUGCUGGCAUCCCCCUUUGUCUGCAUGCCGUGCUUUCUCGGAAAGAACAUCAAGCACCUGGGGAGAUGUUCCAAGAAAGAGCAUUCGAACAAUAAUUGCUUCUCCCUGGAGGUGACUCAGCCUCAGAGCACACAAGUGGCAAAGCAGAGGACAGGCGGCAAAGCGGAGCUAAGCUUCGCAUUAAAGCAUAUUCCCAGAGCAAGCCUCUCAGACAGCAGUGAAGGAGAAGUCACAAUGGGGGAGACGACCGAGGAAGUCUUCGAAGAAAGCGAGAUUUCAAUUUGUAACAAAAGCAAAAACUGAGAUACUUGAUUAGAUCAAUGAGGGAUCUUGCGUCGUGUGCCAUGUGGGAACCACUGGAACUGGGGGGGGGGGAGCCCGUGAGAGAAAAAGAUGGUGAAAAUAGCUUCUUAGCAUUUUCCUCCAGGUUGACUCUUCCCAGGUAAAUCCCCCCCCCCCGACAAAAUUAAAGUCAGCCAAGCCUGCUAACUGCAUGAAAAUGGCUUCUCCUUGGUCCUACAAGAACCAGAUAUGAAAUCAGGAAUAAAAGGACUGAGCACCUUGAAAGAGCCUGCUGUUUCUCUUAUGUUUCCCAAUAUCGACCGCCACUACUGGAGCCAUCAAUCUGAUCCCAUGGGAUUGCUCUGCAGCGUCUCAGAAAGGACAACCAUUGCUUUUGUGAUACUGUUAAACAAGAAGCUGAAUUCCAACAAUGACUAAAUGAACAGGAUUGACAUUUAGGAACGUGUGGGAUUGUAUAUAUUUAUAAGCACAUUUUCCAAGCUUUGCUGUAAAAAUUAUGAAAUGCUGAACGGACUUGUUUUUAGGGCACAGCUGCUAAUGCUUCUUUUAAUACAUGUAAUAUACAAAGUUAUGGUUCUUUCUUCCAUUAUCCUACCAACAGACCUGCAAGAGGAGUCAUUAUUACUUCCACUU